AAGGGCAACGAGGCCGUGGUCGCUCCGACUCCCACCGCGAGCGGACUGGUCAAAUUCAAGAAGGGCUCGUGCGAAAACUGCGGCGCCACCACGCACAAGAAAAUCGACUGCUUGGAGCGACCGCGGAAAACCAACGCCAAGAAGCUUCAAGUCCAGAUUGCCCCAGACGACGUGCAGCAGCACGAGCUCAACCUGGACUUUGAAGGCAAGCGCGACCGGUGGAAUGGGUACAAUCCCGACGAUUACUCCAAGGUCAUUGCAGACUACCAAAAAGUGGACAUGGCCAAGCGCAUGUUGAAAGCUGACCGACUGCAGCAAGAAGCCAAUAGCGCCGUGGCCAACGAGGACGAGGAGGCGGCUACACGCGCAGCCCAGGCCGCAGACGGAGCCAGCGACGAUGCCGCAGCAGUGUCGGACGCCCCCGGCGGCACGACAACGGCGGACGGAAAGCCUGCUGCCGGCGAUGCCGCCUCUGCUGCGGGCACCGGCGACGCACACGCGAUUGACUCUGACUCUGAGGACGAGCAAGAUGAAUUCCGCUAUGGCGAGGACGUGGCAAUGCCCGGUCAAAAGUUUGAUCCCAAAAAGCGCAUUUCUGUGCGUAAUUUGCGCAUUCGCGAGGACACUGCCAAGUACCUGUACAAUCUCGACGUCGACUCGGCAUACUACGAUCCAAAGUCGCGCGCCAUGCGUGACAAUCCCUUCGCAGAUUCUGGCAAGGACCUGAACGAGGUUCGCUUUGCCGGCGAGAACAUGACGCGCAACUCGGGCGACAUGUCUGUGAUGGCCAAGACGCAAAUCUAUGCGUGGGAGGCUGCAAGCCACGGCGCAGAUGUGCACAUGCAGGCAGAUCCGACACGCGCUGAGCUCGCGCGUCGCACCUUCGAUGUCAAGAAGAGCGAGCUCACCACGUCGCAGCAAUCAGCCAUCCUCGAAAAGUACGGUGGCGCUGAACAUCUCGAGGCUCCUCCGAAAGAACUUCUUCUUGCCCAGUCCGAGAACUAUGUCGAGUACAGCCGGUCUGGCAAGGUAUUGAAGGGCCAGGAGAAGGCCGUUCCUCGCUCGCGCUACGAAGAAGAUGUGCUCGUCAACAAUCACACCAAGAUUUGGGGCUCGUAUUGGGAGGCCGGCCGCUGGGGCUAUGGCUGCUGCCAGUCGUUUGUCAAAAACUCUUUUUGCGUUGGAGAUGCGGGCAUUCUUGCCAAGCGAAGAGAAGUACGCGACGCCACUGCCGACGCAGGCAGCAAUGCUGCUGCUGCUGCUGCUGCUGCUGCUGCUGCUGCUGCGCCGACCAAGACGUUGGUUGAGCAGCACCUCGAAUCACGGGGCAACAAGCGACGGCACGAGGAGUCGGCCGAAGAUUCGGCAAGCAACAAGGCUGCUCGACUGGCGGACGCCAAGCGCAAGCUGGAGCAAGACGACCGUGAAGCCGAGCGUCUGCUCGCCAUGGACGAUCGCUCGCGCCCUUACCAUUCGAUGCGUCACUCGUCAAGCUCUGCAGCACCAUCCGAAGAGGAGCUCGAGGCCUACCGACUUCGUCAGGUUCGCAGUGACGAUCCCAUGGCUCAGUUUGCUUCUCGAUGA